AUGGAUGUCACUUCGACCAUGACAAUGAUACACUUGAGCACCAUCGUGGAUUGGAACCAAACAGCUAUCGUUAGAAUUGAAUGGUCAUGGAAGCAGAUCAACUGGUCCUAUUCUGAAAUACUUCACCUAUGCUCUGCUGUCCUUGGGAUAGUUGGUAACCUGAUGGUUAUACUGGCACUCCGCGAGCGGCGCGCGGCUGGACGUUCGACAGAUACCUUGAUGAGCGCUCUAGCCUUUGCGGACUUCAUGACGUCCCUUUUCACCAUCCCUGUGCCAUCCGCGUCAACAGUUCCGGACUCUCCUCUGGGGCAGUUGUACUGCAAGAUGACCCUACCCGGGUUCUUUCUCUUCGUCGCUGCAACAGCAUCAAGCUACAUCCUCAUGGCGAUAUCUGUAGAAAGGUUCCUUGCUGUUGUGUACCCUCUGCAGUUCAACCAACUCAUGGCCCGGAAGCAGAUGCUUGCCAUCGUGAUAUCAGCCAUCUGGAUCAUUUCGUUUCUGGUCUACGGCAUCUUCAUCGCUACUGCGGUGAUCGCCAACCCCAUGACACACACCUGCACCUUGUACUUCCCUACUGUUGCUGCUAAGGUGACGUUCGGAUACUUCAUGUUCAUCUACCGCUUCGUCCUACCUGUCCUGGUGAUGUUAGUUACGCAGGUGUUCAUUGCCUACAAGCUCCAUCGCCACUCCGUUCAGUUCCGAGGACAAGAAGCUGUGUCCUUCCACAUCAAGGCCAGAAAUCGCGUCCUGAAGCUUAUGUCAAUCGUUAUCAUUGUUUUCGUCAUUACUUGGGGUCCGGGACAGGUCAGUUUCUUUCUCUUCACCAUCGGCAUACUGCCACCAUCUUAUAUCGGUGGUCCUUUGCACAAGUUCAUCAUCGUUUUCACCACUUACAAUUCGUGCAUGAAUCCAGUCAUUUACAUAGUGUGGUUCCCGGAAUUUCGACUAGCCCUGAGAAAGAUGUUCACGUGCCAGCCUUCGACAGACGGCCAAUCCGAGGAAGCAAAAAUAGAAACCAAAACUGAUUCUGUGGAUGUCUCCAGGCGUGCCUCAAACAUAUCAAAUAAUAUUUAGAUUAAUCUUUGCGAUAGUCAUAAUAGUGGGAAAAGUGGCACUUCGGCUAGAUCAUCGAGAAUGAAAAUGAUUACAUGAAAUAAUAUUAAAUCGGAAAUUACAAACGCUGGAAAUAUUGUUUUAACAAAAUUGACUCACUGUCAAAAACUGUUUUUGAUAAUUUAAAGAGUUUCAUAAUUAUUCAUUUUUCAUUUCGAAUAUGAAAGACAGAAUUACAAUACGUGUCGAGUUGUAACGAUUCUCCUCCAUAUUCAGCACUUAAUCUCUUUAUUUCUAUGCAUUCAUUUUCUC